GUGAAACAUUCGAUAUGUUCAAGCUUGCACCUUAUUUCCUGUUCUUAUUCAUUGUGAUACAUUUGCUUGGAGCCCAGAACAACGACUGCCCUAGAUUUCCGUGAGAACAAUACAAUAUCUAGUGUACUUGACAAAAUUGAAAGUGCCCUGAAGAACACAAAAAACGAAAUAAAGACGAUAAAACCCUUUAUGGAAAAGCAGUUAAAGGAACUUGAAAGAAAAAUAGAACGGCAGCACAAGAUAGAACAACUAGAAGUAACCCUGAAGGAAACAUCCAGAACUCUUCACUGUACUCUAGAGAACAAGAAAAUCAAGAACCUUGGGAUGAUCAAUCGAAAAUUCGAGAAAAUAGGCUCGAGGUACUUUUACAUCGAAAAAUAUAUCAAGGAGGAUUGGUUCGAUUCGGCGCAAAAAUGUCGUGAGAUGGGCGGUCACCUAGCAUUGCCCCAAAACGAGACGGAACUGCACCUCAUCUACAAGAAGCUUCAAUACGGCUUUCAUUGGAUCGACCUCUCCGAUCUGGUGGAUGUGCACAAGUGGAGAUCCUUGUUGACCGGGCAGGAUGCACCAUUUCCACUGAUUUGGAAUGCGGGCGAGCCAAAAAAGAAUGGCUCUCAGGAGCGCUGCGUUUUUACAUACCAAAAUAAACUAUCCACCCAUCGCUGUGACUUUAGAUGUUUUUACAUUUGCCAAUUUGCUGUCGCUUAGUUACAAAUAAUGAUUUAUUAUUCAAAUAUUACCUUACCUAAUCAAUGAACGAAUGUAAAUAAA